AUUCAGGUAGUACGGUCUUUGUGGAGGACAGAGGAGAGAGAGGGCGAGAGAGGGAGAGAUUUACAUAGGUAAAGGCGAUACGAGCACAACGAGACGGGCGAGCGGAGAGGGACGGAAGGGUAGAGUAGAGGAAGGAAAGGGACAGAAAGUGCAUUGACUGCAAGCUGAAGGUGAUUUUUUUUAAGCUGGAUGGAAGCGGGUGCAAAAGUGUCACAAAGAUCUAUGGGUUCUGGAUGCUGACUGGGACUUUGGAUUUGAACCCAUCUGGGAUCAGCCAAAGCUGGAGCAAACCUCACUGGAGGGAAUCCUGCGGAUACACCACUGGCCCUCGCUAGAGUGUGUGCAAGGGGUCUCUGUCCCCGUCGGGGAGGCGUGCCGCACAGACGGACGAACGUGUGUGUGUGUGGACGUGUCUCUGUGUGUGAAAUCCCCCUAUGUCCUUCUUUUUGUGGCUGUGUGUGCACCAGGGCCCAGUAUAUGGAUAGAAGCUCUCUGUUUCAGCUCAUACAAGAGCAGCUGGACCCAGAGCAGACUGGUUUCAUAGCAGUGGAGAAUUUCACCAGUCUAGCUGAGCACCAUGAGUUACAGCUGGACCCCAGUAAACUGGAGAUGCUGCUGGCGCUGGUACAGAGCAACGAACACGGACACGUCUGCUACCAGGAGCUCAUAGAACUGCUGAACAGCAAGCGCUCCAGUAGUUUUCGCAGAGCCAUUGCAAAUGGGCGUCGCACACUGCAGCGAGAGAUCCUAUUGGAUGAGACGGGGCUGGGCGUGUACAAGCGCUUCGUGCGCUAUGUGGCCUAUGAGAUUCUGCCAUGUGAGACGGACCGCCGAUGGUACUUCCAUCAGAACAGAAUCUGCCCUCCUCCUGUGUUCAUGGCCAUCAUUACCAUAGUACAGAUCAUAGUGUUUAUGUGUUACGGUGUGAUGCUCAAUAAAUGGGUGUUGCAAACGUACCAGCCGGAUUUCAUGAAGAGUCCGCUGGUGUAUCAUCCCGGACACCGCGCGCAAAUCUGGAGGUUCUUCAGCUACAUGUUCAUGCAUGUUGGGUUAGAGCAGCUGGGCUUCAACGCUCUUCUCCAGCUGAUGAUUGGAGUUCCUCUGGAGAUGGUUCAUGGGAUCCUGAGGAUCAGUCUGCUGUAUAUGGCAGGAGUCGUCGCUGGUUCACUGACGGUGUCCAUCACAGAUAUGCGAGCUCCAGUGGUCGGCGGGUCCGGCGGGGUCUAUGCUCUCUGCUCAGCACAUCUCGCCAACGUUGUCAUGAACUGGGCCGGAAUGAAGUGUCCAUACAAGUUGCUGCGGAUGAUUCUUGCACUUGUUUGCAUGAGUUCUGAGGUGGGCCGUGCCGUAUGGUUGCGUUUCUCUCCGCCGCUGCCCUCUUCCGGUCCGCAGCCCAGCUUCAUGGCUCAUCUGUCGGGCGCAGUGGUGGGCAUCAGCAUGGGGCUGCUGAUCUUGCGGAGCUAUGAGGAAUCUCUGCAUAAACAGUGCUCCUGGUGGGUGCUCAUCUUCUCCUUCAUCACCUUCCUCCUCUUCGCCAUCUUCUGGAACAUUUUCGCUUACGAGCUGCUCGGGGUUCAGAUCCCGCCCCCUCCCUGAUGACACGC